AAGACGUUUCAGAGCCAACGUCUUUGGUGGGUAAUCUUCAUUGCUCUUGUUGUUCCUGAAGUACCACCAUCGACAGCUCAAGAUUUUAUGACGUCUAAUCAGUGCUUUGGAAUAUCCAGAGGUAAACAGUUUACCAUAGCAUUCAUCGAAAACAUAAGGAACUCUCAUAUUGCAAGUAGACGACUCUUCAUUUUAGUGGUAGCGUUUAGUGACCAACAAACUGAAGUCACCAUUAGCAGCAAACACCAAGUAGAUGGCAAGCCAUUCCAAGAGUCUUUCGUGAUUGAGGCCCGUGGUUUUAAGCGAACAAACAUUCCUUCUGCAUAUAUGAUGUCUGGUACAGGGAGAAGCUUAAAAGCAAUCAAGGUUUCAGCAUCUAGCGACGUGUCUGUCUACGGUCUUAUGUAUCAAGAUUUUUCAACGGACGGCUAUCUCGGCAUACCAACAAACAAUCUCGGUACUCAGUACGUAGUGGUGACGUUUCAAGAGCGACGUAGAGCAUCACAAUUUGCAGUAAUUGGGACUCAGGAUUCUACGACAGUUCAUGUUACCUUACGCGACACCAUUUCAUUUGGAGAUCAAAUCUACAAUCAAGGUGACGUGUUGACGUUUAUGGUGAAUGAGUUAGAAGUGGUUCAGAUCCAGAGUUUAAAUGACUUAUCGGGAAGCAUUGUUCAAAGUGACAAGCCUGUGGCAGUAUUUAGCGGCAACGAGUGCGUAAAUACACCAGGUUCAGCCUGUGACACACUGACUGAGCAGUUGGUACCCAUUAAUAGUUGGGGACAGAAACACAUAUACACUUCAUCUCAAAACAACGACAACAAUAUUUAUCGAAUUAUUGCCUUUUUCAGUGGUACAAAUGUUACCAUUCCUGGAGUUCCAAAUCAGCUUCUAGACUCAGGUGAAUUUUUGGAAAGAAAUUUGCAUGGAUCAGGUCUCGUUUUGUCAAGCAAACCUACACUGAUGAUGCAGCUGUUAGCGUCUGUCAACGGUCGAACAGUUGACCCUUCUUUGAUACAUAUUCCAUCUGAGGAACAAUUUGGAUAUGUGUUUGGGUUUACAACUCCUCCACAUUCGGGAGGGGACUCUGGAGGUUAUUUUAAUUUUAUCAACAUUGUCACCAAAAGAGACGCUCGUCAGACAGUGCAUCUUAAUGGUUCCCCAAUCAAUGCUACAGAUAUUCGCGAAAGUAAUGUCUCCGGUACCAUAUAUUCAUUAAUUACCGUACAGCUACCUAAAGGAGAAGGGGUUUACUAUGUUGAACAAACGGAUCCACUUUCAUCACCAUUAUCUGUCAUUGUCUAUGGAUACGAACAUUCUGAAUCAUAUGGGUAUGCAGCUGGGUUGUCUCUUCCAAACAAUAAACAGCUCCUGAGUUUCACACCAUACUAUUUCCGAGAGCUUGGUGGAGAAAUUCUUACAAUUACUGUGCCCUGUCUUGAAACGAACACCAUAGCUUAUCAAAGUGCAAUGUGCAAAUUUAACACUGGUAUUGGGGAUGUCCUUGUGUUCGCAGACCGCGUUGAUCCCUAUAUUGUCAGCUGCAUCACUCCGACUUUCUACAAGAAUGGACUUACGAACGUGUCUGUCUCACUUGAUGAUGGCAACACAUUCCCGUACACUGGCAUUGUCUACGUAGCAUCGCAAGAAGACUUGGAGCCUCUUCUGACUAUCCGUAUAGGUGUAAAGUAG